AUAAAUGAUAUAAGACGCGCAAAGCCUUCAACAGUCAAGGCCAAGGAUAUCAAAGGGCAGCCUUUGUACAGUCCAGAGCAAUACAACUACAUUAUAUGCAUAUUUGAAGAGCUUUUUCCAUUCUGAUUUGCCCAGAAAAAACCAUCGCAAACGAUUGGUUUUUUUUCUCAUUAUUUUGUACACAUUUUUCAACGAAAAGUGGUCUAAUAUUGGGUAUAAAUUAAUCAUAUAUAUUUAAUAAUAUGACCCUCAGUUCAUACCUUGUGGAACUAUUGCAUAAUUGAUCUGUAAAUCAACCACAGAAUCUGCUUGGAAAGGGGGAAACUACUGAGAGAGAGAAGUAUGCCAUCAUUCAACGUUAACGUGUGAAUGGCAAAUGCAAACGCAAACAGCUGAUUUACCGGCAAAAACAAAAUUCAGGGACGAGUCGAAUUCGUUCCACAGGGGGUUCAAAACUUCAAGGCAAUCCCAGAAGGCUGUGCACCUUGCGUGAAUCUCUCAACGAGUGCCAACCAAAUAGAAUCAUUCGACAGACACAAAAAAGUCAAGCAGGUAUUAGAAUGAACGUCGCCACCAGAAAAGUCACAGCGCCGAAGGGUAAAGGACACACAGCCAAAAAGACACAUUCGCCGCCGUCCGGACAGUUGGGCGAUCGAUUUCAGGCGAAGUCUGGCGAGGCCUGGCAGAACUAUGUUCCGGCCAGCACUAGCAACAGUCCCGGGUAUCUGGGGGAUCAACCGUACGACAAUCACGCACACUUUCCGCCCCUGGAGGAGCCACGGCACGCAUCGAAGCGUCGGCAGCAGUCCAAAUCGUCGUCGGGCACCGGGGAGCAGCCUCCAUUGGCACGAACCCUGCUGCCCCAUUGGGUGCGUAUAAAGGACAUGAAGUGGCUGGACAGACUCGCCAGCAACAGCAGCAGCACUCCACCCGUGCCGCACCAGGAGGCGGCAACGGCUACGGCCACGGCAACGGCAACAGAAAGCGCGCUAGAUGAGGGGGAAUUUGAGACGGCGCCCAAGCCCGUGACCCCUCUGACGGCCCGAGUGGUCGCCAGAGAGGGAUCCUUUAGGUCCUCGUCAGCCAGGAGCGAGGGGGCACCGCUAGAUGCCCGCUGCGUGAAUCUGAUGUUCGAGAGCUUCGACAUGAUUGGGAUCUCCACGGAGGCGGACGAUCCGCAGGUGUAUGACAUCAAGCGCUCGCCUAAUUCCUGGCUGACCUCGGAGCAAAAGCAGCGACUGCACGAUGCCAUCGAGGAGGAGGCAAAUGGGCCGGUACUGGAUACCCUCGAAAGGGUCAUACAGGAGAUACGCGACGAAAUCGACCACAUGAGGAGGUGGGAGGAGUCAUCGGAGCCGCCUUCGGGCGUCUCCGAUCACUCGAUGUGGACCGGGUGCACCUCAUCGCCGAACAACAAGCCGGCAAACCGGUGCAGCUCCCCGAAGAUUCGCAGCUUCGCGGACAACAAUUUCGAGGACACUUAUGGCCAGAGCUGGGGGACACGUCCGCGCAACUUCCGGACCAAGUCGCACGGCGCCUGGAAUGCCACGGAAAGCGUCUCCGAUUCGCCGAAGUCAUCGUCCAACGCGGGACGAGCCCGGUCCGUGGGUGGCUAUCCGGGUGUCAAUGAUCGCUCCAUUUUGGACUUUCGUCAGCCGCCAUUCCCGCGCCACUUCCAGCACUAAUACGAUCCAUAAAAUCUACUUAAAUUGUCAACUCUUUUGCUCAGAAAUCUGUCUCAAAUAAAAUGUUGUCGGACGGCCCAACGCUCUCAAGGAUA